AUAGAAGUUCCUAACUGUCAAGGCACUCGUGGAAGAGCUUGUCGUGCUAUAGCCCUAGGGUUAUUUGGUGGAUUUGCAUGGAUGGUCAAUUUGUGUUUUCCACUGAGGGAAUAAUGACUACAGAACUGGAACUUGUUUUCUCUUUCUCUUUAGUUUUGUUGCAAAGACCAAUAAAAAUAUACAAUCAAAAAACCUAAUUUAUAAAUCAGUGUUUACCAUAUUACCUUUAUGGGACUUACGGAAGAAAAAUAAUAGAUUCCCAAUGAAUUUCCUUCUACAUUGCUAUUAUAUGGUCUCAAUCGCUUAUUUAGGUCGAACGGUUGAUACGGUUGUGAUGAAUCCGCCAUUUGGAACCCGGAAAAAGGGUGCUGACAUGGAUUUUCUCUUUGUAGCUUUGAAUGUUGCUUCUCAGGCAGUUUACUCCUUGCAUAAGACCUCAACAAGAGAACAUGUUAAAAGGGCAGCUUUGCGGGACUUCAAUGCUAGCAGUGCUGAGGUUUUGUGCGAGCUUCGGUUUGACGUUCCACAACUAUACAAAUUUCACAAGAAAAAGGAGGUGGAUGUUGCUGUUGACCUCUGGAGACUUGUGCCCAAAAGGAUUCAGGGGAAGGACAUUUAAUUUGGUACUACAUCCAGACUGUUAAUAGGAUGAAUCACAUGGACUGAAUGUAUCAAAAAUAUUUUUCUAUUUUGUUAUUGAUGAUGUGGAGUGUACGGGCCAAGGGAGCAACCAAAAAAAAAAAAAGAAAAGAAAAAGAAAAGGUGCCUGUGUUAAAAAUAUGAUGAGAAAAUCCUCAUUCUCUUUUUAGAUACCUUGUAAAAUUUAUGUACAUCAAUUUGUAGUCCCUUCAGAAUUACAAGUAGUUCAAAACAGAAAGUUUCCAGAUACAUGCCAAUGUUGUUGAUUCUUCAGUUCAAUUUAAGGUGCAGGAACCUUGCUUCUUCAUGGAUAAAUGAACACUAAUCCUCUUA